GGGGCGGCAUGGAGGACGGCGAGCCCCAGCCCGGCGCGGCGGGGGCGGCGGGGCCGCGGCAGCCUGAGUCCAGCCCCGGCGGCGGCUCGAGCGGCGGCGACUCGGACACCGGCCGCCGCCGGGCUCCGAUGCUGCCCGCGGCCCCGCCGGCGCCGGGCAACCACCCGCACCCGCACCGCGUCACCAACUUCUUCAUCGACAACAUCCUGCGGCCCGAGUUCGGCCGGCGGAAGGACCCGGGGACGAGCGGCGCGGGCGCGGGCGAAGGCGGCCCCGGCGGCGGCGCGGAGCCGGGCGGCGGGAGCGGCGCCGAGCAUCUCCCCGGCUCCAGCGCCCGCGAGUCCCGGCCGAGCCCCGCGUGCGCGCCCGGGGCCGGAGGGGCCGCGCCCGCCGCCGGCGCCGGCGGCGGCGACUCUCCGGGGCACGGGGAAGGCGCCUCCCGGACGCUCGCGCUGCACGGAGGCGCCAAGCGAGGCGGCGACCCCGCGGCUCCCCCGGACGGGGCCCUGAAGGCCCGCGGCUUGGGCGGCGGCGACUUGUCGGUGAGCUCGGACUCGGACAGCUCGCAGGCCGGCGCCACGCUGGGCGCGCAGCCCAUGCUCUGGCCGGCCUGGGUCUACUGCACGCGCUACUCGGACCGGCCUUCGUCAGGCCCCAGGUCUCGCAAACCAAAGAAGAAGAACCCCAACAAAGAGGACAAGCGGCCUCGCACGGCCUUCACCGCGGAGCAGCUGCAGAGGCUCAAGGCGGAGUUCCAGACCAACCGCUACCUGACGGAGCAGCGGCGCCAGAGCCUGGCACAGGAGCUCAGCCUCAACGAGUCCCAGAUCAAGAUCUGGUUCCAGAACAAGCGCGCCAAGAUCAAGAAGGCCACGGGCAACAAGAACACCCUGGCGGUGCACCUGAUGGCGCAGGGCCUGUACAACCACUCCACCACGGCCAAGGAGGGCAAGUCGGACAGCGAGUAGGGCGGCGGGCGGCGGGCGCCGAGGCCAGGGCUCAGCCCGCGCACACAAUGCAAUAAUUUAAAACAAUAACGAAAGGGCCAGUGUAUAAAGAUUAUACCAGCAUUAUUCGUAAAAAUAUCGUGUGUUAUCUAUGGUUCUGCAAUAUUCUAUGUAUAUAUAAUUUACAGGUGGUGUAAAAUCCAAAAUGUCUGACUAUAAAAUAUUUCUAAAGUUUUUUGCGUUUACAGAUGAUGCUAAUUUUAUGGAUUUUUUUGUUUGUUUUUGCAAAGGGGGCUUCUUAGGGUUUCAUCUUUUUUUUUUUUAACCCCCUGAGCUCCAUUAUGGGACAUCGGACACUUUUUUAAAUUAUUAUUUCAAAAGAAGAAAAAAAUUUAAAAAAAACCCAACUUGCUGAAGUCCAAAGAUUUUUAUUGCUGCAUUUCACACAACUGUGAACCCAAUAAAUAGCUCCUAUUUGGUCUGAGUUCUGCCACUUGUUUGUGUUGACUUGGUGAGGACCGCAGGAGGCGGGAC